UUGAGCUGCAUCCUUUCUGCCAGGCUGCUGCAUCGUGGACCCCUCUUCCCAUCGCACGCUUGGGAGGGAGUCAUGGAUGCUGGACUAGGGCACAGCUGUGGCCCUUGGAGAGUCAAUGCUUGGGGGGGUUAUACGAGGGGAGAUUCCUAAUGGAUUGGAGUUUUGCUGAGCAGUCUCUGAAGAGGUGCUAUCGCUGCAGAUUUGGGGCACAGUCUCCCAAAAAGACGACUUGUCCCUCCCUAGGUAAUCCAGCUGGUCCCCUCGACUCGCACAGGGGAACAAGUUUUAGGUAAAUCAGAAGCUGUGGGGAGGCUGGCAUGGUGAAACAGCUGCAAAUCUAACUCCCAACUAAAGGGAAGACCGAGACUGAGGGGCUAGUGAGAGGGGGCAUGUCAUACACAGUGGGGGGACACAUCUUGGACUUUGGAUUUCUGCUGAUUUCUUCGGAGUUGAAAGCCCGGCAGGGGGUCCACCAUUGGUCUUAGUGAAAGCAGCACCAUGGGUUUAGAGAAAGUCUAUUUUAUCCUGGAAGUGUUACUGAUAACAAUACUCGUGGUGGAAGGGAUUGCGGUGGCUCAGAGAACACAAGAUGGGCAGGCCAUCGGAGCCAAACAUAUUCCUGUCACCCAGUGUGGAUCCUGGGUUCGGACUAUUAAUGGAGGGCAUUUUGCAUCACCAAAUUUUCCAAACACCUAUCCUCCGAACAAGGAAUGUGUCUACAUUUUAGAAGCUGCUCCACGCCAAAGAAUUGAGAUGACUUUUGAUGAACCUUAUCACAUAGAACCUUCCUUCGAAUGCCGGUUUGAUAAUCUUGAGGUCCGAGAUGGCCCAUUUGGCUUCUCCCCACUGAUUGACCGAUACUGUGGUCUCCGGAGUCCAGUGGUGAUCAGAUCGACAGGACGAUUCAUGUGGAUUAAGUUUUCUUCUGAUGAGGAACUCGAAGGAUUGGGCUUCCGGGCAAAAUACUCAUUUAUACCAGAUCCGGAUUUCAGUUACCUAGGGGGUAUCCUCAAUCCAAUACCAGAUUGCCAAUUCGAGCUGUCAGGUGCAGAUGGAAUAAUACGUUCCAGUCAAGUGGAACAAGAUGGGAAAUUGAAACCUGGACAAGCUGUAGACUGUAUUUGGACAAUCAAAGCCACCACAAAAGCCAAGAUUUACCUGAGAUUUCUUGACUAUCAGAUGGAACAUUCAAACGAAUGCAAGCGUAACUUUGUAGCCGUGUAUGAUGGAAGCAGCUCCAUAGAGAAUCUGAAGGCUAAAUUCUGUAGCACAGUGGCGAAUGAUGUGAUGCUACAGACAGGAACCGGCGUUGUGCGGAUGUGGGCAGAUGAAGGGAGCCGGCUGAGCAGAUUCCGGAUGCUGUUCACAUCUUUUGUGGAACCCCCCUGUAUUGGGAACACCUUCUUCUGCCAUAGCAACAUGUGUAUCAAUAAUUCCUUGGUCUGUAACGGGAUCCAGAAUUGCGCAUACCCCUGGGAUGAGAAUCACUGUAAAGAAAAGAAAGAAGCCGGAUUAUUUGAGCAGAUCACCAAGACCCAUGGGACUAUCAUUGGCAUUACGUCUGGUGUUGUGUUGGUUCUACUCAUAAUUUCCAUCCUGGUCCAAGUGAAGCAGCCUCGGAAAAAAAUUAUGGCUCGCAAGACUACCUUCAACAAAACUGGAUUUCAAGAAGUUUUUGAUCCUCCCCACUAUGAGCUCUUUUCACUGAGAGACAAGGAGAUCUCUGCAGACCUGGCAGACCUAUCAGAGGAACUGGAGAACUACCAAAAAAACAGGCGUUCAUCGACCACUUCAAGGUGUAUUCAUGACCAUCACUGUGGGUCGCAAACAGCAACUCUAAAACACAGCAGGACCAAUCUCAGCUCAAUGGACCUUCCUUUCCGCAAUGAUUUUGCACAACCUCAGCCAAUGAAAACGUUCAAUAGCACCUUCAAAAAAAGCACGUAUACUUUCAAACAACAGGCCCUCGACUGCCCAGAUCAAGGCAUCGAAGACAGAGUUAUGGAGGAGAUUCCUUGUGAAAUUUACGUUCGUGGCAGAGAAGACUGCGCUCAGGGUUCCGUUUCCAUCGACUUCUAAAUGCCGUUCGUAAAUCAUCACGUAGACAAAUUUAUAUAUAUAUAUAUAUUUUUGAGACUCUCCCCAUCACUAAAUUUUCUAAAAGAAAAUAAACUACUGAUAAUUGUAAAAUAAAGCUCUAUAUUUUUUGAGCGAGAACCACAUGAGUUUUGCAUGGCAUCGAUAUUCUGUAUUUGUGAGAUUAAACACGAGAUAAAAAAAACAACCAACAAAAAAAAAAACUUGCACUCACCACAAAGGAUGUUACAAUUGAUUUGACCCAUGUCUAUAUUUUUAAAAUGUAUACCUGUUGCUUUCUUCUACAAAGGUACUCCGUGCAGUGAGAACUUAAAGGCCACAUAAGGUGCUUUCAACAAAAACACACUUUAACAAAAAUACAUAACGUGUCAUUCAUUUUUUUUCUAUUUUUUUUUAAAUACAUUUUAUUUCCAAAAUCGUCAAUGUACUCUCCAUUUUUAUUUUUCAAUCAGGCCAUGAAAAAAUAAUAU